GACCAGCACCAGCCAGCCCAGCCUGCUCACCAGACACUCGCUGACCCAGACAUGAGCGACAUCGAGAAGGCCGAGAUCUCCGCCAACUCCCUCCCUCCGCACGCGCGGUCGUCCCCCCAGCCCCGCAGACGCAUCGCCAACCCAGGCCCGCUCGGCCUCUUCUCCUUCGCGUCCACCACCCUCAUUCUCUCCCUCUACAAUGCCCAGGCCCGCCACAUCACCGUCGGCAACGCCGUCGUCGGCAUGGCCCUCUUUUGUGGGGGUCUCGCCCAGCUCCUCGCCGGCAUGUGGGAAUUUGCAACGGGCAACACGUUUGGAGCUACCGCGUUCACGUCCUACGGCGCCUUCUGGCUGUCCUACGCCACGCUCCUCAUCCCCGGCUCCGGCAUCUCGGACGCCUACGACGGCAGCGGCCAGGAGGACAACGCCCUCGGCAUCUACCUCAUCACCUGGAUGAUCGUCACCUUUUUCUUCCUGCUCGCCUCGCUCCGCCGCAGCGCGGGCUUCAUCUCCCUCUUCGUCAUGCUCACCCUCACCUUCAUGCUCCUCGCCAUCAGCAAGUUCCUCGACAAGCCCUUGGUCGGCAAGGCCGGCGGCGGCACGGGCGUCGUCACCGCCUUCAUCGCGUACUACUGCGGCAUGUGCGAGCUCCUCACCGCCGAGGACUUCUUCACCCUCCCCAUCGGCCGCAUCCCGCCCCGCCGCCUCGACUGAGCGCCCCGCCACCGCCUGCCGUCGCACCGUCGCACCGUCGCACCGUAUCGUCGUUUUGCAACACCGCCGUUUCCCGUUCCCGUCGUUCGCACUUCGCACCGGAUGGAUCCAUACCAGUCCGCUUCCGCCGUUACUUAUGCAGUAAGAAAUACAUACCUUAUAUCCCGCCGCGCCUCCAGCACCGGCGUUUUGUUCUCGAUCUGUCUCUCUGUCUCUGUCUCUGUCUCGGAUCGUGUCUGUCCCCCUUGUUCGGCUCGAGUUGGGCCCCCCGUUGUAAUCCCCGCGCCCGCCCGCCCACGUACGCAUGUAGGUACCGCGCGUGCGCGCGCGCCUCUGCUGACUCUUCGUUCUCGUUUCUGUCUUGUGCGCGAGCGGCUCGGUCGCCCCCCGGCCAUCGGGCAAAAUGCUCUCGAUAAUCAAUGAGGUGAUCAAUAA